AUGAGUGACAUAGACUAAUCAAUUGAGGCAAGAAUAGAUAAAUUUGAAUCUGAUUUAAAUAGAGUAAAUUUAUAAUAAGAUGCUCUACUCCCUCUAUUACAAAUGAUUGAAUACAUUCCAUCAAUCUAAAGAACUGAAGCCAAUGUUAAACAAGUUUAAAAGAAACAGGAUGUUAAUGAAUAGAAAUAAGGAAGACUUGAAAGAUGUGCUGAAAGAAAAUUAAGAGAAAUAGAAUCGAUGCCCUAAAAGCCAUAAUUAGAGGUUUAAUAAGUAGAUUUGAGAAUUAAAGAUUUAGAAUCCUCUAUUAAUUGUUUGUACAGGUGGUAUGAGGCAAAAUUAAGAGAAGGAUCAUAAUAAAUAGUUCGUAGCAUUGAUGAUAAAUUGGGAACUGAUCCAAAUGCAGAAUUUAAUGACUAAUUAUUAAUCGUUGUGAAUUAGACUAUCAAAAAUGCACUUGAUAAAAUGAGUGAAGACUUCAGGGGGCAACUUUGCGAAAUUAGAUAAAUGCUAUGAUCAUAAUUUUUUAUAUAUUAACUGCUAAAUAUA